UGUACAUCAGUACAUUGGCCUUCUCUACCUAUAUGAGAGGCACCGUUCCCCUUUGAACAUUCUUCUCCUCCACCUGUUGCGCCUCCUCCUCUCCCAUGGUGUCGGCCGCGGUGCGGCGUAACGCCACGAGAGAGAAGAAGGCAUGAGAGGAUGGUGACGUUCCUCCGGCCGUUCCCUCACGCCCAUGGGCCGGCCGCCGUCAACGUUCGCCUCAGGAGAAGCCAACACCACCAGCCUUCGUCGCUGCUCCCUUGCCGCGGCAGCAACCUGAAGUCCAUGGCACAGGACCCCUCCCACCCCCACCGGCAAAGCAAGGAGCACGACACACCCCCCACGACGUCGCAGCAAGAACUAACGCAGCAGCUGCCGCCAGCGCCAUCUCCGCCGCCGCGCGACGUCCAGGAGCCCAGUACGAGCAGUAGCAGCGGCAGCAGCAGUGACACCAGCUCCUGGCUGAAGCUCGGGAUCGGCCAGUCCCCGGGCUCGCCUUCGCCGUCUUCGUCGGCACGCCGGAAACGGCCGAGAAACGAUUAUGAAGCAGGUCCCUCGACGUCCGUACAACCGACCGCUCCACCGCCCGAGCUGGGGCUAUCACUGUUCCCAGCAGGUUCUUCGUCGCCGUCGGCCGCUGCGGCAGUGGCGUCGGGUGUGGUGGUCGCGGCGGCGCCUCCGCCCGUGCACGAGGCCGGCACGUGGUUCGUGCUCCAUGCGGCGCAGAACCAGAGGAGGGAGCCACCAUUGCCGCCGAUACCAAGGAGCUACUUGAGGGUUAGAGACGGGAGGAUAACAGUUAGCGUAGUGAUGAGCUACCUGGUUAACAAGCUGGGUCUUGAGGACGAUUCACAGUUAGAGAUCACUUGUCGAGGUCAGCGCCUUCUCCCGGCGAUGACACUGCAUCACGUCCGCGACACCAUUUGGCGCCCCCCGCCGGCAGAGGCUGCAGCGGUUUUGCCAGCCCCUGGCUCGCCAAGCACAAACCAGGUUAUGACAUUGAAUUACGGCAGGAGCUAGCACCUGGAAAGGGAACACCGACAGAUACAGCUACUUUUUUCACACUGUACUAGUUAGGAGAGAGGCGAUCAUGGAGAUGGAGGCGUACCUAAAGCUCAUCUAGGGUUUUGUCCCCCUCGCCGGCGACGCCGCCGGUCCGUCCCACGUCUGGUGGCCUUGCGGCUUUGGAGGUGUGGCGGACCAUGGCCCCUCGCCGGCGGGAGGGUUUCCAUUCUUUGUUUAGGUUGUUUUUCGUUGUCUUCUUCGGGAUGGUGAGGCAACAGCUACAUCAAGUCAGAAUAAGGUCCUCCCCGCCCUAUCCUCGCUCCGGUGGUUCAUCUAGCGCCAGCGCAGGGCGCGUGGAGUCGUGUGUCCGGCGGAUCUCUUGGGAUCUGGUCGGUUUUCGUGUUCGUUUGUGUGGUUUCAGGUCAUUCUCUUCCGAUCAACGGUUGUCAUCAUUGGCGAUGGUUGCAGCUCUGGUGCACUGGUCCUUUGGGGCCUUAGCACGACAACUUCCCAUUUGUCUACUACACAAGCUCUGCCUCUGCUACG